AUGUUUGCCAAAAUAUUAAACUAUCAUAUUCCCAAAAAAAAAAAAACUACUGUAGAAAAGUUGAAUAAAAUUGGGAUAAAUGUUAUAGGUUACGGUAAUAUCGUUCCAACAACAGAUGCAAGUAAAUUAUUCUGCAUAUUUUAUACAUUGGUUGGUGUACCGCUUCUUUUCCUCUCAUUAACAAAUAUUGGUCAAUUCAUUGCCGAAGGUUAUUGGAUUUUCCUAGCAUCACUACAAAGGACACAAUGUAUUGAUGCACCAGAUGAGCGUCGUUUACCAUUAUCAAUCGUUGUAACAUUAUUACUAACACAUUCAAUUAUCGGUGGAUUAUUAUUCCAUUUUUGGAUUGAUCAAAUGCCUGUCAUACCUGCAAUUUAUUUUAGUUUUGUCUCAAUUACAACAAUCGGUUAUGGUGAUAUAACACCAACACCAAAUGAUGCUAUUCAAACAUUAAUUAUUGUUCUUUAUCUUGCUAUUGGAAUGGUGAUAAUGUCAACAUUUGUCGCUUCACUUUAUAAUUACCUCCGAAGAUUACACUAUCUAGGACGUAAUUUUAGUGGAGCAGCUCAUGUUGAAGUAUGGUUUGGUGGCACUAAAAUGUCAGUAUCUGAAUUACUUUAUAUUGUUGCAGACGAAUUUAAUGUUUCACCAAAAAUGCUUUAUGAAGUAUUACAUGAUUUGGAUCAUAUAAUUACGGAAGCAACAGAUCCAAAAAUAAAAUUAAACAUUGAAGAAAAUCGUCAGAAUCGUCAAAAUCGAAUUUCACGUUCGGAAAAUUGUAAAUUUCGAGAAUAUUUUGAUAGCAAUGGUAUUCGAAUGGUUGAAAUUAAAGAUUCAUUAAAACCAGAAAAUACACAUGUAAUGAUAAAAACUGAUUCAACCAAUUGCUUAAACAAAAUUCCAGAAGAUCAACGUGAAAAUGUUAUGCAAGCACUUGGCAUGUUUCAUCAUGUGGUGAAAACAAAAUCAAAUUUGACAACUAAACGACGCUCUUCAUCUGUUUCAACAAAAUUACAUUUUGUCAACAAUCAUUCAUCUGCUGAACCAGGCUAA